GACUUGAAGGGCCUCAUCAAGAACAGGCUUUACAUUUCACAUUUUUUAUAUGUGUGGAAUUCAAGAAUGUAUGAGUUUGGGAUUGUCUUAUUCAUCAUUAACCUUUACCCAGGAACUUUGUUUCCAUCUUCGCUGUUUGCGUUUUGCUCAAGUCUGUCAGGAAUCUUGCUGUCCAAUACUGUGACAAACUUGGUCAAUCAUGGCCAAAGAUUGAAAAUAAUUGAAGAAGCGAUAUUCAUCCAAAGGUCCUUUGCAGUAUUAUCCGCUACAAUUCUCUUGAUUAUAUUUCAAUUCUUUGAAGAUCACUCCUUGUUGAAAAAAGCUUGUCUUGCUGUGGUUAUUGUUUGUGGGGUUGUUGAAAAAUUAACUACAAUUGCAAACAAGAUAUCAAUCUCGAGAGAUUGGAUAGUGAAGAUUUGUCUGAAAGACGAAGAGUUUAUGAUCGAGUUGAAUACAAAAUUGAGAGGCAUUGACCUUUUUUGCAAAUUAGUUGCGCCUUUUUUCAUAUCAUCAUUCAUUACAAUUGCAGGUUUCAAAAUCACACUGGCAUUCAUCAUUCUAGUGUUUCUCAUUUCAAGCCAAAUUGAAUUUUCCAUGAUUUUGAAGCUGUACCAUUCAAUACCUGCUUUAAAGGAAUCAGAAGACCAAAUAACCAAAAACCCACCAAAGUUUCAACCACUAACCUACUGGGAAAGCUUGAAGCUGUUCUGUAAGAAUCCAAUAGCUCUUCAAGUUAUAUCAAUAUCACUAGUUUACUUAACGGUUCUGUCAUUUGGGAACACUACAAUUGCAUAUCUUCUUUCAUUUGAUGACAUCAACAAUUUUUCAAUCGGGUUAUUAAAAGGUAUCUCUACAGGGUUUGAACUUUUCGGUACUUUAGUCAUAUUCCCAUUUCUAAACAAGUUGACUAAUUUCAUUAACGUGGGAUUAAUUUCUGUUGUGUUUCAAUUCCUAUCGCUAACCCCAAUAUUGGCUUCCUUCAUCAUAAAUUAUUCAAAGACUCAUUGGUUGGUAUGUUUUUGUAUUCCUUGGAGUAGAAUUGGAUUAUGGUGUUUCGACUUGGCUGUUCAAAAUUCCAUCCAGAUAUACAUCACUGAUGAUUUUGAAAGAUUUAAUGUGACAACAUUUGAAGAGAGCUUGAAUAAUUUGUUUGAACUAAGUACACAUAUUUUGACCUUGAUAUUUCACAAACCUGAACAGUUCAAAUAUCCUGUUUUUGCUAGUACUGGGGCCAUUUUUCUUGCUGUGAUCUUUUAC